ACACGAUGUAUAUAGCGAUAAGGUUAUCUUAAAAGCCCCGAUUGUUUUAUCAAACUCAUGCAUGUUUAAAUUACAAUUCGGAGAAUUUCGUUUGUAAACAUUGCCUUAGGUAGUAUUGAAGCACAUUUUCUGUAGCUGGAACAAAAUCUUUAUAAAAACUUUUUUUCAGAAAGAGGGCGAAUUUCUCUGUUCAGAUGUGCUUUCUACUAAAUAAUGUGUAUUAUUCACGGAGUGUUGACUUUUCUUCUUCUUGGAUCCGUGCCUGGAAUUUUAUGUUAUACUAUAGAUGUAGAGACCACAAACUGUGAUCCGCCCCUGUCAAGAAAUGCGUCUUCCGUUGCCCAGGUGAUUUACAUAAAACCUUCCGCCAAAAUCUCCUGCACAUGGACGAUUCUCAUUGACGGCGACAACUGUCUGGAGAUUUAUUACACUACUGGCGCGGAUCUAGAGGGGGCGUUUUUAGAGAUCGCCUCUGACAAUGAGAGAGAGGUCCAGCCUCUUGUCAAUACGAGUGUGUGUUCUGCCCAUCACGUGACGAUUUAUUACCGCCAUAACAUGACGGAUAGCCGGGUGUCUGGUACCGACCUAUACCUCUACUAUCUGACUGUCCCAGAGCGGGAACAUACGGUUUUAAAUAAACUUGGAACAACCACGGCUGCUGUUGGAUCCACAGAAAAAAACGGCGGAACAAGUCCUGGUGUGAUAGCAGUCGCCGUCCUCAUCCCCGUACUUCUUAUCGGCAUCGGCGCAAUCCUAGCCUAUGUGUGGUACAGACGGAAGUAUCCGGUGCGCAUGAUCGUGGGAAAGGACUUCGCCAAGUUCAGUAACCCUGCUUACAAUAAGCGUGCCUCCACGGCAACGCUCGUGAGAGAAAACGCCGCUUUGGACGAUUACCAAAAAGACAUAGAAGAGGGCGCAGCCUACACCGGUGUUUCCCAUGACAACCCGGCCCUCAAUAUGGAGGACGACCCCCAAUACCAACCAAUCCCGGCGCUCAUUCAUUCUGUGACGUCAUAUUCUAAUUAUAGACGAAGUUUUGAAGAUUCCCCUGACUUAGGGAAGAGGGCCCCGGAAAAACCACGAAGACUUCACUCAAACUAUGACUCAAAAUCGGACAGUAUUGAGAGCGUGGAGGCAGAAAAUAAGAACAAACAGACGACGGCAGACGUGUCUCUUGACAGUGUUAUUGCCACUUAUGAUAGUGUAGAUUCUGGAGAAAAAGAUUCUCCUCUGUACGAGAACGUAGAGAGUAAUGUUAUUGAUAAAAUCAACGUAGACAAGUCUGCAAAAAUGACGUCAGACAGAAUGAAAGAUGACAUCUCCGAUCAUGAAACCUACCCCGGAGAAACUUCACAAGAGUACGAAGACGUCUCACCAACAGCAACGGAAGACGAACAUACAUAUGAUACAGCGCUACAUAGUUCACUGAAUUACGGUCCCAAGGAUACUCCUAUAGAAAAUUCAAAUGAAAACUCCGGAGACACAUCUAUUGACGAUUUUCAGAUUUAUGAGAACGUGUCCCUUGGAGAAGAAUCCAUUAAAGACGAGGAGAGAAAUUCUAUAACAGGAGGUGACUCUGAUAGAUUGUCCAAUAAUGUUUCUAGUUCGGAGAGGGAUGAAGCGGGAGACGCCAUAGAUUUUCCUCAUUCACCUGUCACUCCGGACUCGUUUCAAGAUUCAUUUUCGAGCGAAUCUUUUGUUGUACUUGAUCAGUCCGAUUCUGCAGAACUCGGUGUUAAUCAGGCGGAAUAUCAAACAGAGCACAUUGAUAAAACUUCAACUCAAGAGUCUCACUCCUCUGGCUCAGAGGAACACGUGGGUCACGUCGAUAACGAGGUUAUAGAUCAGAAUGAGGCUCUCCCAAACGAGACACAGUCUCGUGAUGAAAGAGGGACGGGAUACCUUCGGGAAGCCGAGACGGUUCAAAGCGACACGGAAGUCAAUCAAAAGGACGCCAAGGCUGAUCGGAAGGACACCGAGGCGGAUAGAUCAUUCGACAUGGACGUCAACAAUUUAGACAUUUCCGUGUCGUCCAUUUCCGAUCCUGACGGUAAAAGCUUCGACAGUGCGUUCUCUUUUGUUUCACACGAUUUGAAACCAAGAGAUGAAUCUUCGGAUUCGUUUGAAGUCAUUUCACAUGAACAAGCUUCUGGAUUUACAGAUAAUAAUAAGUAUGAUGUAGGCGAGGAUUCAUUGCAGCAGUCGGCUGAAAUCCUGGAGGGAAAAAUACACGAGGAAUCAAAACUUAUUGACAGCGAACAUGAGCAAAAUUCUACGGUAUCAAAAACAAUCAAACCGGAUUUGAAUAUUUCCUUCCAUGACUCGAGUGAAAGUGAUUCUGUUGAUGGAGAAGAGGACGCCGCAACAGCAGAAAUCGAUAAAAUGGUGGACAGCAGCAAAGAACGCCGAGAAAGCGUAACUCGAAAGAUUGGUAUAGACCACGGCAGCAUAAGUUUCGAUGACUCCAGUGACUCGAGCCAUUCUGACGACGAAAAACCAAAACCAAGCGUGUUAAGACGAGAAAGCAUUACUUUAGAUAAUCCAAACUUUGAUUCGCCGAAUAUUAACCUAUCGCUAAAGUUCUCGUCCGAGGAGACUGUGGAUAAGUCUGAACAACCUCGUGGACUGACGAGACGAAAAAGUAUCACACUAGACAACCCUCUCUUUGAGAAAGAUUCGGAGAUCUCGACAGAACCAGAGGUCUCGCCUCUUGACGAGUACCAAGUUAUAGAAGCAUGCGGCCCAUCAGAGGAGCCAAUCAGCGAAGAGAGCGAAAACGAGGCAGAAGACAUAGAAAAUGUUCCUACUGCGCAGAAAAAAGUACUCAAGAUAAAUAUGAACUUUGGCAAAGAUGAGGACUCGGAUGACGACAGUAUCGGCAGCAGCGCCCCCUCUGGUAAAGAGUCUGAUACCGAGUCUUCGACGGAAGCAUAGACACUCGGACCCCGAUCCCGACUCUUAUUAUGUUUUAAACCAUAUAUUUUAAGUUCUAGAUUUUUAAUGGUGAUUUUUUGUUCUCAUCGUGAAAAAAACCUUAAGAUAUACUGGUCUCUGCAGUGCUUUGUGAAGGAAUAUAUAUCAAAUUCUCGAGUCAUGAAAAGUGAUACUGAACUAAUACUCAAUAAUUUAUACAUAUUUUUAUGUAACCUAUUUGUGUGACGUGCAUGUAUACAUGUAUAUACAGGUAUGAUGCA